AGCGCUCACGUUAGCAGACGGCUAACUUGUCUUCAAUAGUCUGCUGUAGCAGACGUGUUCAUGUGCUAUCACAAUUGACAUUUGUAGAUCUAGCAGCAGACGUGCAGAGUGCAGGAUUAGACGGCACCCAAACAUGGACGCUUGCAGACGUGUGGUGUUUGUGUUAUUGAUUUGGUCGAUUGAGACGGCGGCUGACACGACAAAUAAGUACCUGUUCACGAUGCCUAAAAUAUUGCGUCACGGUACAACGCCAGAGUUCUGCCUGACGUUUUACGGCUCAGAGGGAUCCGAACCCGCAACCCUGAGGCUUGUACCACAGGACAGCAACAAACCUGGGGUCGAUCUCACGGACAUGUAUCAGUCAGGGGAACAAAUAUGUCGAAGCUUCAGUGCUCCGCCCCCGGGUGACUAUGAGUUGCAGCUGUAUAAGGGUAAUAACUCUCUUAACACGCCUUUGAAGGUUACAGUUUUCAGUGAUAAAAUAAUCACACUAGUACAGACUGACAAACCUGUCUACAAACCAGGACAGAAAGUUAUGUUUCGUGUCUUUACACUGAUGAGUGAUUUAAAAGCCAGAGUCGGAAAAAUUAAAAGUAUUUACAUCUCAGAUCCCAAUGACAUUAGGGUCAAACAAUUUGCUGAUGUCGAUCACAAAGGUAUCAGCAGCUUUGAGUUUGAGUUGGCUGCUGAAGCCAAACUUGGCAAGUGGAAGAUUGAAGUGAACGUGGACCAGUUUGAGGAGAAUAAUAACAGGGGCAGCCUACUCUAUUUCACUGUGGAGGAAUAUGUUCUGCCAAGGUUUGAAGUAGUGAUUACACCCCCUUCUUACUUGCUCAUCACUGAUGAAACGAUUCAAGGAAAAGUCUGUGCUAAGUACACGUAUGGCAAGCCUGUCAAGGGCUUGUUAGAGCUACGGGUCUGCUGGGAGAAAAAUUACCUGGAUAAAAAUAAUAAGUGCCAUCAGGAGGCUGUUGAGAUAAAUGGCUGCUACACCUUCACAGCAAAUACCUCUAAAGUCCUUCCCCCAGCCGACCAAAUAUAUUAUGGUGGAUCCCUGUCAAUUCAUGCCUCAGUCACAGAGAAGGAUACAGCUUUUGUCGUGAGCAAAACUCACAGUGGACUCUCACUAACACAUGAACCCUUGGAGAUAACUCUGAAAGACUUUACCAAAGGAUAUUUUAAGCCUGGGCUGCCUUUUUAUGGAAAGAUUGUAGUGACAAAUCCAGAUGGAACUCCAAAAGAAGGAGAGCUCAUUGAAUUAUCAGCUGCUUCAGGCGUCCGUAAAUUCUCCCGACAGUUUGUCACCGACAGCGCUGGCGUCAUUCAGUACACAUUGUGUGAUGGCAUCUCAGAGAACAUUUCAUCUAUCUCUCUUGAAGCUAAAGCAGUAAAUCACAACAGCAGCAGGUACCAGCCAACCAGGUACAAGACAGUCCAGCAGUGGUUCUCUCCGUCCCUCACCUACAUCCAGAUACCCAGACACGAGCAGACGCUAACUUGUGGCCAGAAUAUUCAAUUGAGGAUCCCUUUUACAACCAGGGAAGACAAGAUUCAGUUUCAUUACCAGGUGUUAGCUCGAGGUAAAGUAAUUUCCAAAGGAAAAGUCUCCUAUGAUGGGAGUUCCAGCUCUGAAGACGUGCCAGCAGCUGAUCCAUCCUCCCAGUGUUUACAGGAAGUCAGAAGUGAAGAGCUCAGUCCAGUGGAAGAUUUAACAACUGCCCCACCCCUUCAAGGUCAAACAGAGGACCCACUCCAGGCAUCAUCAGACGCCACAGUACCCUCCUCACCUGAGCUGCCCCCUGACUCUGACAGUCCACCUCCACCCCCACCCUUUGUACAAGUUUUUACAGAUAAAAAGCCAAAAGAAAAAAUUGUCAGAUCCGAGUUCCUGGCCAACAAAGUUUCCAGCUUUGCUUUGGAUCUAAGCAUCACAGCAGCUAUGUCUCCUAAGUUUACCCUGUUGAUCUACCACGUCCUGUCAGAUGGGGAAGUUGUGGCAGACAGCAUGAAGUUUCAGGUCCAGCCGUGCUUUGAGAAUACAGUGAAGAUGUCAUUUGACAAAGAGUCAGUCCUGCCUGGGGAAAGUGUAAACAUUGAACUAGAAGCAGCUCCAGAAUCUAUUUGUGGUGUUGGCAUCAUUGACAAAAGUCUGAACAUUCUGGGAGGUCAGCACCAGAUCAAGCCUGAACUGAUAUUUCAAAAAAUUGAGGAGUACAAUUCACCAGAUUUUGCUGAUGUUUCUGUUCCAUUUUGGGGUGAUGGGGACUAUUGCACUGAGAAAAUGAAAACAGAAGCCGAAAGUGAAAUGGAUGGUAACUUUUGGCAAUAUUUCUCACAAUAUGUCGAUGCAAGCCAAGCUUUUAAGUCAUCUGGUUUGCUGGUCCUUUCUAAUCUAAACCUGGAAACAAGACCAUGUUCAAGUAGAUGGCCGGUCAUGUAUGGUAGGCCUGAAGAAGAUGUUAAUUUCGACAUGAACAUGGUUCCUGCCCUUUCGGCAGUUGGGCCUGUACCAAUCAGGAAAGCAGUAGAAGGACCCAAAGAAAAUAUAGCAACUCGCACACAUUUUCCAGAAACUUGGUUGUGGGAUAUACAAAUAAUUAGCCAAUCAGGCAGGUCUGUCAUUGAUCAAACAGCCCCUCAUACAAUCACAAGCUGGGUUGGCAAUGCCUUGUGUAUGGACGCAGACAAAGGUUUUGGCCUCUCCAAUCUAACCACCCUGGUCACAUUCCAGCCCUUUUUUCUUUCACUUCAACUCCCAUAUGCAGCAGUAAGAGGAGAGAGGCUACCCAUCAUGUUUACUGUAUACAACUACUUAGAUAAGUGUCUCCAUAUUCAACUCCAUCUUGACAUGGGAAGCAACUUUGAAGUUCACAACUCAGCAUCAAACAAGGAGCCUAUUUGUGUCUGUGGAGGGGACUCUUAUACUGCUAAAUUUUAUGUGACACCCAAAAAAAUUGGAUCAUUGCCCAUUAAAGCCAAGGCAGAAAUAAUCCCAGGAUUUUGCAGCAAUACAAUUGAUGUGGACACCAGCUACAUAGGCUUAUCUGAUGCAGUGGAGAGGACAAUGUUGGUCAAGGCUGAAGGAGUAGAACAACAGUAUUCUCACACAAUGUAUUUGUGUACUAAAAAUGGUGAACAGAAGCAGGAAGAUGUCAUUCUGCCCAUGCCUGCUGAUGCUCAUAUUGUCAGAGAUUCUGCUAGGGGAGAGGUUAAGGUUAUAGGUGAUAUAAUGGGCCCCGCCCUAAAUAACCUGGAGCACCUUGUACAGAUGCCAACUGGCUGUGGUGAGCAAAACAUGGUGGGCUUUGUCCCCAACAUCUUCGUCCUCAAAUAUCUGACCAGCACUGGACAAAUCACAGACGAGAUCAAGCAGAAAGCUGUUAAGUUUAUGGAAAUAGGGUACCAACGAGAGCUGACCUUCAGACAUAACGAUGGAUCUUACAGUGCCUUUGGUCCCAAUGAAAACAACAAGGGCAGCAUAUGGCUGACAGCCUUUGUGGUCAAGUCCUAUGCCCAGGCCCAGCCCUAUAUCUACAUAGACCAGAAGGAUCUGACGCUGAGCAUGAGGUUCCUACACAGGAACCAGAUGGAGACAGGCUGCUACAGGGAGACAGGGAAGGUCCUCAGCUCGUACAUGAUGGGAGGGCUGGGGAAAGACAAGAAGAAAGGCGAAUCAUUCACGGCUCUCACAGCUUACGUCAUGAUUGCUCUCUUGACAGCUGGGGCUGAUCCUAAUGAACCAGGAAUAUUUGGUGCUGUUCAGUGCAUCAAUGAAGCAUUUGACAGUGAGAAGGACUCAAUGGAUGCCUAUGUCCUUUCACUAGUAGCUUAUGCUUAUGCUCUCUACAAACCAAACAGCCCUAAAAGUCUGGAAAUUUUAGAAGCUCUUGAUGCAAGAGCUCACGUGGAAGAUACACUAAAGUACUGGGGCAAAGAUGAAGAUUCCAGGCCAAAAAAUAAUGAUCCAUGGCAUUUUUAUGUGGCCCCAUCAGCUGAGGUGGAGAUGACAUCCUAUGCCUUGUUGGCCAACCUGAUCCACUACGGACCAAGGGCUAUAGAAAACACACACAAGAUUGCCAUGUGGCUGUCAAAACAGAGGAAUCCUUUUGGUGGAUUCUCUUCAACACAGGACACAGUGAUGGGUCUGAGUGCUCUAUCAGAAUUUGCCAGUUUGUCAUACACUGAAGGAAAAGUAGAAAUGAAAAUCUCUGUAUCAGGCCAAAAAACCAAGCAAGCAUUUAGUGUAUCCCAGAAAGAUGGAACAAAUCUCCUGAUGCAGUCAGCCCGCAUUGGGGUUUUACCAAACAAGAUCACGACAGUAGCUAGAGGGUCAGGAUGUGCUUUGGUUCAGCUCAAUGUCUUUUACAACAAGCUUCCAAAGGAUUUGUUUGCCAAAGAUGCUUCAAAGUUCCACCUGAAGGUUACCAGGAAACACUAUCGUCAUGAUGUCAACAAAUGUAACAUGAGAACUCUUGAAAUCAAUGUAGGGUCUAAAGAAAACAUCAAUGCAACAGGCAUGGGGCUCGUGAUCAUUAAAAUGGUGACUGGCUGGUCUCCUGUUCCAGAAUCACUCACAAAAUUGAAAUCUUUGUCUUUGAUGUUGGGACUGAAGAAAAUUGAGAACAAUGUAGAUGACGGCACAUUGUCUCUUUACUUUGAUGGGCUGAAGAACAGAAAAGUGUUUUCCAUAGAUGUUGAACAAAACCAAGAUUUAGCUGUCUCCAACCCCAGACCAGCAUUUGUCAAGGUUUCCCUUUACUAUGAGCCUGAUUUGUAUUACGUUGAAUCGUAUGACAUCAAACCUACCUGUGGCACUAAGGAGGAAAUCCCCCGUAUACCUAUACCCAUACCAGCUUCAGAACCUCUGAUUGGAUCAUCUGAUUUCCCCAUGCAGACCAGAGUGAGUCCUGCUGACGGUUUUCAAGUGCCACAAGUCUCUGGCUGCCCUAUGUGUAUCAAGAUUGCUCUUGUGCCAGAAAACUUUAAAGCAAAAGUCUGCAACUCCACAGCAGCAUACAAAGCACAGGUGACUAAAAAAGGCGUCAAACUUCAGCAGAAUUUGAGACCCACAAAAAUUGUCAAAAGUAUCAACAUCCUGGCUGAAACUAUUCUUCCACAAGGCUGCAAGUGUGAUGUCCUCACCCCAGAUAAAAAAGUUGUGCUCCUUGUGAAGGAGCCUGUCACCAAGGCCAACAAUAAGAUCCAACUCAAUGAAGACGUGACAGUCAUCAUCGCAGCUAAAUCAGUCACAAAAGCUGUUCGAGAUUUUCAGAAGUCUUGUCGUCUGACAUAGAAGUCUUCUCAGAAUUAAAUCCGCAGUGCUUAAAGUUCAUUUAUAUGCCUCUUUAACAACGAGAAAUUGAAUUUAAAUAAUAUAAACACUCUUUUCACUGUUAGCUUGUCAAAUUAUUCUGUAACGAAACAUAAAAAUGAGAGUUUCUUAGCGUAAAAGACCUACACAAAGUAAUUAUAUACUAAAACUAUUAAAAAGGGUGGAUUACUGGUUUCGUAUGCAAAUAAUUUUGGUUUUUACGAUAAUUUGAGUAAGACGUGUUAGAAUAAUUUUUGUGAAUAUUAUUUUUGUAUUGGUGUUUCCACAGUAUUAAAGUUAUCUUGAUAUUAUUAUCUUAAAUGGCCAGAAAAUAAAUAAACAAGUUUGUUAUUUUUUUAAACUUAGUUUUGUACAAAAAAUUUUACAAUAAUUGUGUUAUUCAAAUGGUGUUUUCUAUCAUUGUUAUGGUGACACUGUAAUGGUGUCACUCUACUGGUGUCAUUCUACUUUUGUCAAUCUUCUUUUGUUUGGUGUAGUGUUAUUCACUGUGGAUAUUUUGUGUAAUUCUACUGUUUAUUUAAAUAAAGCAUGUAUUUACUGAU